CUCUUUAGAAGAAAGCGCAUUUUGGGGGCCCACUUGAUGUGAUGUUUCCUUGGUUGCCUGCUCCUUCUUCGGCCUGCAGACCGAGCUUCCCGUAAGGGCGGGGGUGCGGCCUCCCUCUCUCCUCUGGGGGACCAGCGCUCUAGGGUCUCUGAGGAACAUGGAAGUCCUGGGGCUCCUCAAGCUGGAGGCGAAUGGCUCCACGGCGACGGUGGCCCUGUCUGUGGUCCUCCUGGCCCUCCUGAAAUGGUACUCCACAUCCCCAUUUUCAAGACUGGAGAAGUUGGGCAUCAGACAUCCCAAGCCUUCUCCUUUUAUUGGAAACUUGGCCUUUUUCCGCCAGGGUAUCUGGGAAAGCCAAAUGGAGCUCAGAAAGCUGUAUGGACCUCUGUGUGGGUACUAUCUUGGUCGCCGGAUGUUUAUCGUUAUUUCUGAGCCAGACAUGAUCAAGCAGGUGCUGGUUGAGAACUUCAGUAACUUUACCAACAGAAUGGCCUCAGGUUUGGAGUCCAAACCAGUAGCCAACAGCAUCCUGUUUUUACGCGACAAAAGAUGGGAAGAGGUCAGAAGUGUCCUGACAUCCGCUUUCAGCCCUGAAAAACUGAAUGAGAUGACUCCCCUAAUCAGCCAAGCCUGUGACCCGCUCCUGGCUCAUUUAAGAUGCUAUGCAGAAUCCGGGGAUGCUUUCGACAUCCAGAGAUGCUACGGCUGCUACACCACAGAUGUGGUCGCCAGUGUCGCCUUCGGGACCCAGGUGAACUCCCAAGAGGCCCCUGAGGACCCCUUUGUGAAGCACUGCAGGCGUUUCUUUACCUCCUCCAUCCCCAGACCUAUCCUGCUUUUACUCUUAUCAUUUCCAUCCAUAAUGGUCCCACUGGCCCGGAUUCUGCCCAAUAAGAACCGAGAUGAACUGAAUGGCUUUUUUAACAAACUCAUUAGGAAUGUGAUUGCCUUGCGGGACCAGCAAGCAGCAGAAGAGAGGCGGAGAGAUUUCCUCCAAAUGGUCCUGGAUGCCCGACAUUCCGCCACCUCUGUGGGCGUGGAGAGCUUUGACAUCGUCAGGCAAGUCUUCUCCUCCACCGAAUGCACGGCGCGUCCUUCCCAGCAACACCAGCCCAGACUCCUGUCCAAGCCAUUGACUGUGGAUGAGGUCGUGGGCCAGGCUUUCAUCUUCCUCAUCGCCGGCUACGAGAUCAUCACCAACACGCUCUCUUUUGCCACCUACCUACUGGCCACCAAUCCUGACUGCCAAGAGAAGCUUCUGAAAGAGGUGGACCGCUUCUGCGAGCAGCAUACAGCCCCUGAGUACGGCAACCUCCAGGAAGGCCUGCCCUACCUGGACAUGGUGAUUUCAGAGACCUUGAGGAUGUACCCACCAGCUUUCAGGUUCACGAGGGAGGCAGCGCAGGACUGCGAGGUGCUAGGGCAGCGCAUCCCCGCUGGCACUGUAGUGGAGACUGCUGUGGGGGCCCUGCACCACGACCCUGAGCACUGGCCAUGCCCUGAAGCCUUCGACCCUGAGAGGUUCACGGUGGAGGCCCAGCGGUGCCGGCAGCCCUUCACGUACCUGCCGUUUGGGGCAGGCCCCCGGAGCUGCCUCGGGGUGAGGCUGGGGCUGCUGGAGGUCAAGCUGACGCUGCUCCACGUGUUGCACAAAUUCCGGUUCAAAGCCUGCCAGGAGACACAGGUACCACUGCAGUUAGAAUCCAAAUCUGCCCUAGGUCCAAAAAAUGGCGUCUACAUCAAGAUUGUCUCCCGCUGAAACAGGGCUAUGAGGGCACCUCUAAAUUCAAAGAAAAUUCUCACGUGGAAACUCAUUUUUGGAAAAACCACCAACGCCAUUUAAAGAGUACCUGACAUGGAAGUACUACAGAGAUCACUUACAUAACACUUCCUGAUUGCUUAAUAAACAUUUGUUUCACCUA